AUUUUGGUCCAUCAAUAUCGCCGGCUGGCAACCAAACAUCGCCAGGCAGGUUGAACUUUUUUGUUUUGGUACGGGCAACGGCAAACACCGACGCCCUGCCAUUUCUUAGUCAAGCGUCCAUAUUGAACCCUCAAGUCAGACACUUGUAUGACAAGGCCAGCCUCGAUACCCUAGCCUUGAUUGAUCUUCUCACAGCAUCAGUCCAACCCUACCCAAAAAAACAGACAUGGCAGCUGGCAGCAUAACCUCUUCCGUAACCUCGACAUCCCAAACAAUCACCCACGACCCCUCCACACACAACAGCGUCAUGGCCGCUACCCUCGCCGCAUCGUCGAGCGGCAGCACCUCUUCGUCGACAAUUGCCAACAACCCCGUCGUCGCCUCCUUCCUCUCGGCCCUGGCCGACGAGUCCAACCGCCACGUCUUCCUGCAGCCGCCCUCGACCCUUCCCGCCGGAUCCCUCCUGCUCGCCAAGGAGACCCUCGACGCGCUCGCCUCCCAGGUCAGUGACCACCAGCAGGCAAAGCUGAAGGAGAUCGCGGCCACCAUCGGUGGAAAGAAGCGCAAGCGUGAGGCUGGCUAUGACAAGAAUGCCGUGCUCAAGAUUCGCAAGCUGCACGUCGACGACGGCUUCGAGACGGAGCAGAUUUGGCAGCAGGCCAAGAAAAUAAUUGCCAGCGCCACAAAGGAGGCUGGCGAUGUGCUGAAGGAGCUGGAGGAGAACGGGAUUGUGGGCACCGGUGAGGAACAAGAGAAGACCAUUGAGUUUGGAGAGGAUGGGUUUGAGCUUGGUUCUGAUGAGGAGGAGGACGACGACGAGGAGGAUGCUGAUAGCGAAUCAGGUUCUGGCUCUGAAGGAGAAGAGGAGGUGGAGGAUGAUGAUGAAGAAGAAUUAGAAGGAGAAGAGGGCAGCGAGAUUGACGACGAUGAAGAAGUCGAGAUCGAUGGCGAAGAGGUUGAAUUCUCGGACGCAGACGGAGAAGGAGAGUUUGAUGAGGAGGAGGAGGAAGAAGAAGAAGAGGAGGAGGAGGAGGAGGAGGAUGCGCCAGAACUUGUCGAGGACCCCAACGGCCUCAACGACGGCUUCUUCUCAAUAGACGACUUCAACAGGCAGACACAGUUGUGGGAGGACGCGGAUGCCCGCGCGGACCCCAACGUCGAUGCCGACAGCGACGACGAACAGCUAGACUGGCACGCCGAUCCUUUCGCGACAAAGCCAAAAUCAAAGAAGGGCAAGAGCGACAAGAAGAAGGACGAAGACCAGGAUGAGGACGACGUCGACAUGGGCGAUGAAUCCGAAGACGACGAGGCUCUCGAGGCUGCUGCCGCCGCCCACGCCAAGAAACUCAAGGGCAAGAAGAACGUGGAGCAGCUCGAGGACGAUGGCGACGAUCUCGGCCUGACAGAUGGUGUUCUCGGUAUGGACAUGGACCUUACCGCCAACGACAUUUACUACAAGGACUUCUUCGCGCCACCUCAAAAGAAGAAGACCGGCAACCAAAGGAAAGGAGGCUAUUUCCCCAAGAAACUUGAGCAGCUAGAUGAGGCCGAUAUGGAGAGAGCCGAGAAUGAUGUGCGCCGCGAUCUCUUCGACGACAUCUCGGAGAAUGAAGAUGAGGAUAAGCUCUCGGAUCUUGAUGCUGGUGAUCCGAGAUCUCGUCGGUCCGCCCACGAGCGCAGACAAGCCAAGAUUGCCGAGGAGAUCCGCAGGCUCGAGUCUGAGCUAGUUGCCAAGCGCGCCUGGACUCUAUCCGGUGAGGCUUCCGCGCAAGCUCGUCCCAUGAACUCGCUCCUGGAGGAAGACCUCGAGUUUGAGCAUGUUGGAAAGCCUGUCCCCGUCAUUACCGAGGAGGUUUCCGAGACGAUCGAGGCGCUCAUCAAACGCCGCAUUCUUGCCAACGAGUUCGACGAGGUUCUCAGGAGACGUCCUGACACCCUCAAUAACCCCAACAACGCGCGCCGCGGUCUCGUUGAGAUCGACGACACCAAGGGCAAGCAGUCUCUCGCCGAGAUUUACGAGGAGGAGCACAUCAAGAAGGCCAACCCGGACGAGUACGUCAGCGCUUCGGACGAGAAGCUCACGCGCGACGAGGCCGAGAUCAAGAACAUGUGGAAGGACAUUUGCGCCAAGCUCGACGCCCUCAGCAGCUGGCACUACAAGCCUAAACCCGCCGCACCCACCAUCAGCGUUGUCACCGACGUCGCCACCGUCGCCAUGGAGGACGCCAUGCCCACCACGGCCCAGGGUGUGUCGGGUGGCGAGAGCACGCUCGCGCCCCAGGAGGUAUACGCCCCCGGCAAGGACUCAGUCGAGAAGGGCGAGGUCGUGGCCAAGAGCGGCCUGCCGAUUGCCAAGGAGGAGAUGAGCCGCGAGGAGAAGGCUAGGAGACGCAGACGCGAGAAGGAGCGCAUCCGCAAGGCUGGCGGCCUGGAUGCGAACAAGAACAUCAGCAAGGGUGCCCAGGAACGCAAGGAGACGAUGAGCCAGCUCAAGAAGGGCGGUGUCAAGGUUAUUAACCGGAAGGGUGAGACGGUUGGGUUGGAUGGCAAGAAGAUCGCGGAGCAGAAGGGUCCUACGUCGAGUGGUGCCUUCAAGCUUUAAAGAUCGGGUUGUUAGAUGAGGGAUAGAUGUAGGAAGAAGAUGGAUGAUACCCUGAUGGGUUGGACGGGUGGGCAGUCUUGGCUAAGGGCGAUCUGUAAAGGUCAUUUUCUUUUGUAUGGAAUAGGUACAUAAUUGGGAGUUCAAAAACCAUGCAUGAGUUUGUUUUUCAUCGGCCGUCAGCCGGUAUACAAUGCUCAACUGUUCCCGUUCAACAUUGUCGAAGAUAAUUCUUGUGUGC